AUUGUAGAUGCUGGUGCGGUCUGAUUUUGGUCCGGUCCGGUCUCAUCUUUCCGGCUAAAAAAAUUUUAAAUUCGUUUCAAUGUGAAGGAAAGUGUUCUGCGAAAGAUUUCUGCCUUGGUAGGUUCCAACCAUCUCUUCCUCACGCUUCACUGAUAGACGACACGGUACAUCUCUCUCUCUCUCUCUCAGCCGCUGAUCGUGUGAUGGAAGGUAAAAUGAAGGCCAAUGACAUUACUAGCAAAGGAUUAUUACGGACUGCUGAAUUGUAUCAAUAUGUACUAGACACUAGCGUGUAUCCACGAGAACCAGAGCCUCUCAGAGAGCUAAGGGCUGUUACUUCACAUCAUCCGCGGGCCAUGAUGGCUACAGCUCCCGAUGCAGGUCAACAUUUGAGCUUGCUUUUAAAGCUAGUUAAUGCAAAGAGGACUAUUGAAAUUGGAGUUUUUACAGGAUAUUCUCUGCUUCAAGCUGCCCUUACUAUUCCUGAUGAUGGAAAUAUUACAGCCAUAGACCUUGACCGGAGUUCAUAUGAGAUGGGAUUGCCAAUUAUUAAAAAGGCUGGGGUCGAACACAAAAUCAAUUAUAUCGAGUCUGAGGCUCUUCCGGUUCUUGAUAAACUGUUGGAAAAUCCUGCGAAUCAAGGAAGUUUCGACUUUGCUUUUGUUGAUGCUGACAAAAUUAACUAUGCAAAUUACCACGGGAGAUUGUUGAAACUUUUGAGGCCUGGUGGGAUAGUUGUCUAUGAUAACACACUCUGGGGUGGAACAGUAGCAAUGCCUGAUGAUGCAGUUCCGGAGUUUAAUUCUGCGUCGAGGAAUUUUACAAUCAAGUUUAACAAAUUGCUGGCAGCUGAUGCUCGGGUUCAAAUAUCUCAAGUUCCUCUUGGUGAUGGGAUUACCAUAUGCCGGCGGCUGUGACAAAUGGGGUGUAAAAGUAGUUCAAUAAAGGUUCAAUAGUUGGCAAAUCCACCAAUCAUUGAAUAUCAUCCAAUUUCAUGUAAUGGCACGAAAAAUUGCUUUAGUUUUUAUUAAUAGAUUUGAUCUUUAUGUAAAACAUUGAGGACAUGUGUACAUACUAUUGGAUUGAAGAAGUGUUAUCGAGUGAUUUCCUGCUA